AGCUUGAAGUUACUUUGUAAACUUGAUUUUGUGUUGAUUUUACAAAUCAGUAAUCACCAAUGUGUCUGGACACUGGUCGAAAGUAGUAAAAAAGAGAAAUAAAAUCUGAGUAAUUCAGCAUUCAAAUUGUUUCCAAAAAUUUAAGCAUAAGGAUUUUUAACGUUGAAUUCCACCGUCCACGACAGUUUGUAUCCAAUGCUUCUGAAAAAUGACAGCUGUAUUGUUUACAACCUCAUUGUUAUGUGUGAAUUUUGUGCUUUCUGAAUAUGGCCUAUCCCAAUGCCGGCAAUGAUGUAUGUUCGAGUAAUUAUAACGAUUUCGUAAAUGAAAUAGUUGAUGAUUUGUCUGUAGUUCCUUUAGAAAAAGAUAGUUUCGCGAUAUGUGAGUUGUGUGGUAGAGUUGGUAGAAGAAAUCAGUUCUACCCAAAAAACAACAAAUUUUGUUCUUUUCGAUGUCAUGCCAGUAGCACAAGGAAGAAGUGUUGUAAUUGGAGAUUUAAGCUAAUGGAAGGGGCAGAACAUAUGGCUGGCAUGAUACCCUUGGAACCCUUGCCUCAACUGCAACAUUGGCAGGCUACAUAUAGUGACCUACAGGCUGGACCAAUUAAGCAGUCAGCUGCUGUGCUUGCGAAUAGUUAUGAAUGGAAAGAUGAACUAUUUGGUUGUGACUUCCUUGCAGCCCCUGUCAGUUUAUUCAAACAUGCCCCACUUCAUGAAAUGUGGGAUAAUACAUUUGAGGGCAUGAAGGUGGAGGUAAAAAAUACAGAUGUAGAAAACUAUUCAGAAAAAUUAAAUGACUUCCUUUGGGUUGCAACUGUGUUAAAGGUCAAAGGGUAUAUGGGUCUACUAAGGUAUGAAGGCUUUGGCAGUGAUGAUACAAAAGACUUCUGGGUGAAUUUGUGCUGUUCUGAAGUACAUCCUGUUGGAUGGUGUGCAACACGAGGGAAACCUCUCAUACCUCCCCGUAGUAUAGAGGAUAAAUACACAGAUUGGAAGAAGUUUCUAGUGAAGCAAUUGACUGGCGCAAGAACUUUGCCUGCUAAUUUCUAUACCAAGUUAAAUGAUAGUCUUGUGUCGAGAUUCACUAUUGGCUCCAUUAUGGAAGUUGUGGAUAAAAAUAGAAUUUCUCAAGUCAAGGUAGCAAGUGUAUGUGAAAUAAUUGGUAAACGUUUACAUGUAAAAUAUUAUGACAGUUCUCCCGAAGAUAACGGUUUUUGGUGCCACGAGGACUCUCCAUUAAUACACCCUGUCGGGUGGGCGUUCCGAGUUGGUCAUCCAUUAGACGCCCCUCAGAACUAUUGCCAACGGGUAGCGGCUGGUCGACUCCUACCCAACGAUACAACCGCUGAGAUGUUCCACAAAUAUCCGACGAACGAACCACCGCUGUUCUUAGAAGGAAUGAAGUUAGAAGCCAUAGAUCCAUUGAAUUUGUCCGCGGUGUGUGCGGCCACUGUUAUGAGGAUUUUGAACGAAGGUUACAUGAUGAUAAGGAUUGACUGUUACCCGGCUGAUGCAACUGGUGCUGAUUGGUUUUGCUAUCAUCAACGGUCACCGUGUAUAUUCCCUGUUGGAUUUUCACUCGCAAAUAAUAUCCCUUUGGUACCGCCUAUUGGAUUUAAAGUGGAGGACUUCACCUGGGAGGAUUACCUAACAACGAGCGGCGCGCUCGCAGCAAGUCGCACAGUCUUCGCGGCGAGAGGUCAUGUGGUGUCACACGGAUUUGUUGCAGGCAUGAGGCUGGAGUGCGCUGAUCUUAUGGACCCACGGCUCGUCUGCGUGGCCACCGUGGCACGAGUCGUGGCUGACUUGUUGAAGGUACACUUCGACGGUUGGGGCGGGGAAUAUGACCAGUGGCUAUGGGCGCACAGUACGGACGUCUACCCCGUGGGCUGGUGCAGAGCUGUCGGACAUCGCCUGGAGGGACCGCAGCAGCCUCCACCGAGAGCUAGGAAAGUACACCCUAAACCCGCGAGACGACGGCGAAAACAAGUAACCAAAGUCGCUCCUCAGCCGCCAAAUGCAACGGAAGACAGCUCUCAGAACUCCGAUAUGGGCGAUAAUAAAAGCGGCUCGGACAUCGCAGACACGAAGAGCUCGUCACCGAUCAGUGCAUCGGAAGCCUCCCAGGGACGUGUAGAAUUAACCCCCGUGAAAAUGGAAGUUGACAGUGAUAUUAAAGUAGAGCAAAAAUUACCAAAACUGGAAGACCUCGGUCAAGAGGAUCUGGUUAAAGUCCCAAUCGAAACUCCCAAAACGGAAGACAUAGCUGAUUUAAAAAUGGAAGUUGCCUCCGUUCCUGUAAAAAGUCCGGGAGUACCUGAAAACGCUGAUGACAAAAUCAUUCCCAGAUUAGUGAACACAUCAGUUCCAUUGGACAUACUGAAUUCAGUAGACCCGGAAAACUGGAGUACCUCUGACGUCGCCAAAUUCCUAACCGUCAACGACUGUCAACCCUAUUGUGUCAAUUUUAGCCAAAUAAAUGGACCAAUGAUGCUGCAACUGUCGAAGGAUGAAAUCAUAGAAUUGCUCGAAAUGAAAGUCGGUCCAUCUCUUAAAAUAUUCGACUUGAUUCAACAGCUUAAGUGUAAAAUUAAGCAACCACAAUGCAGACUUAUGGGCGGCUUUAAAUAGAAAGAUAGAGAGUCAAUAGCUGUGUAUAAAGCGUGGUCAAAUAGAGCAGGGCUUAUAGCGACACCCAGCAAAGCGAUGACAACGGAUCAUAGUGAAAUAAUAACUAAGCGUGUGUUACGGAUAUCCGUUAGAUUAAUGGGAAUCGCUUUCGCAAUGUGUAAUUUAUUAUUAGUGAUAAGAAUUUUUACACAUAUAUUUAAAUACACCAUUUUGUAUUGACAUUUCAAGCGUCACUUGGAUUUUGCUUUCAGUAUUUAAUUUUUAACAAUUAUGAAAAUAUUAAAUUAUGUUAUGAAAAUGUGAUAAAUCCUAUAAUAAGUUGUGCGUUUAAUCAUCGGAUCGUUCUUGUAUUUUGUAUAAUUUUUGAAUUUAGUAAAAUUAUUAAGAAAUGUAUAAGAUACUGUAGGAGUGCUUAGUUUUUGUUAUACAAUGUAUAUGUAUUAGGGAGCGUUCGAGUAUUACGUAACGAAUUUGGGGGGGGGGUCCUCUUGUAAAACGUUACGAUACGGGGCGGGGAUUGUAUUACACGUUUUUGUUAAUAUAUACCACAUAAUGGUAAAUUUUAGGUAUAAAGUCACUGGGAUUGUUCACGAAACGUUUUACUAUUGGAUACAGAAAUGCUACGGCGCGUUUCAUGGGGGGAGGGGGGUCAAGAAUCUCCAAAAAUUGCGUGACGUAAUGCUUGAACCCUCCCUUAAGAAAAAAUAUUUUCCCAAAAAUUGUCGAUAAUGCAGAAUUAUGAGAAUUGUAACUGAAUGUAUUACCUCUAUUAAGGUAUAAAUUAUGUACUGCCUACUCGCAAAUCAUAUCAUAAUUCGCACAUUUAAAUUAAUAAUGAAUUGAUAUUUGUAUGACGAAACAAUGCCUUUUUAGCGAUAUAUUUAG